UUUACAAGCCAAGAGAUAUCUAGUAAAUAAAUAUAAAAAAAAAUACGAGAAUAAUGAAAUCGCGGUUGGGCAAUGUCGCAAACUUCCAAGUUAGAGAACGAUUCUAAAACCACUUCGGAUCAUCACAUUCCUAAAGCAAGUGGCAGCUUGGAUGACUAUCUGACAGCAUCAGAGGGGCCAUCUUUGUUUGAAAUCGCUGAAAUCCUCUUGUCUACAGACGAUGACACUCUUCCAAAGAAGAAGUUAGAAAGUAUUGACAAGUCCACAGAGACAGCUCCGUCAGCUGGAACGGCAUGGACAAUUCCCACUACGGGCGUUAGUCAUCACCAGUAUUUUACUCCGGAACUACAACUAGAGCAGUCUAAAGACGCCAGUAGAGCUAAUCUUACAACUUCAUCUACCGUAACGGAAUGGACAACUCCCACUACGGGUGUUAGUCAUCACCAGUAUUUUACUCCGGAACUACAACUAGAGCAGUCUAAAGACGCCAGUAGAGCUAAUCUUACAACUUCAUCUACCGUAACGGCAUGGGCAACUCCCACUACGGGUGUUAGUUAUCACCAGUAUUUUACUCCGGAACUACAACUAGAGCAGUCUAAAGACGCCAGUAGAGCUAAUCUUACGACUUCAUCUACCGUAACGGCAUGGACAACUCCCACUACGGGCGUUAGUCAUCACCAGUAUUUUACUCCGGAACUAAAACUAGAUAAGUCUAAAGACGUCAGUCGAGCUAAUCUUACUCUGCAGUCUGGCGAUGUCCCGGACAGAGCUAUAAGCGUCAUCUCUUCACUAGAGUUAUCCUCCUUAUCUGCGCAGACAUUCAGCCCAUCGUCAGCAGAAUGCAAAUACCCCGUGCCCAGUGCCGGAGAGACCAGCCCAAAGGUGCCUUUGGUGAUAACGCUGAACAUUUUCAAUGAAGAUGGUCAAAGUACUGACCUGACAGUCAGUGUCCCCGUGCUAGCAGACAGCAUCCCUCACACACAGUGCUACAGAAGUGCACUGCCUAUUCUUCAAACAAUCAAUCAAGUGGUCAGUGAGGAGACCCUACGUCUUAUUAAGCUGCAGCUUAAAGAAAAGGUUGCCGAGUUGCAAAAAAAUAAUAUCGCGCCAGAGCAAGCAGGGUCUCGACUGUCCAAGCAGCAAAAUCGCGCGACACAGCCAUCAGCAUCUCAGCAAUCGGAGCUACAACAAAACCGAGGGCCGCAGACAUCUGCGCCUCGACAAUUGGAACAACAAAAUCGGGCGCCACAAACAGAGUUUCAACAACUGGAGCUACAAAAUCGAGGAUCGCCACCAUCAGCAUCUCAACAAUUGGAGCUACAAAAUCGUGCGCCACAGCAAGCGGCGUCUCGACGAUUGGAGCUAGAAAAUCGCGUUCCUCUGCGAAAAACUCCUCAGCCAUUUGAGCAGCAGAAUCGCACGCCACAGCAAGAAGCUGAACAGCAGUUUACUAGCAGCCCAUCUAUAGUUAUCCGGCCGGAGAACUCUUCAACAAACUCUGAGCAACUAUUUCACUUCUAUGUAAAUGAGACAAAAUCAUUGGCCACUGAACUAUUUAGCUCCCCUUCCACCCAGUCACAAACAGUCUCCACUAGCCAAUGUCAGUCUGAAGAUCUUUCACUGUUGCAACAUAAUGAGCUUCUGAAGCUAUUGGCUCAGCAACAUCUUUCCAAACCUUUACCACAACAGCGCGAGACCUCGUUAGCGCUAAGCCCACAGCAAGCUUUCUCUUCAUUUUUAGCUCAACAGAGAAGUUUCUCUCCGCCUGUAGCUCAGCAGCAAACUUUCUCUCCCCCUUUAGCUCAGCUGCAGACGUUUUCUCCGCCAGUAAUUCAACAGCAGUCAAUCAAAUUUUCUUUAGCUCAGCAGCAAACUUUCUCUCCCCCUUUAGCUCAGCAGCAGACAUUUUCUCCGCCAGUAAUUCAACAGCAGUCAAUCAAACUUUCUUUAGCUCAGCAGCAAACUUUCUCUCCGCCUUUAGCUCAGCAGCAAACUUUCUCUCCCCCUUUAGCUCAGCAGCAGAAUUUCUCUCCCCCUUUAGCUCAGCAGCAGAAUUUCUCUCCGCCAUUAAUUCAACGGCAAUUUUUUUCUCCCCAAAUAGCUCAACAGAAAAAUGUCUCUCCCCCAUUAGCUCAGCAGAAAGAUUUCUUUGCCCCUUUCGUUCAAUCCCAAGGAAACGCUUCUUGUCAGACCCAACAGCAAGCCCUCACUUCUUAUCUAACACAACAACGAACAGUCAGCUCUUCUUUGGCUGAAAAUAAAAAAUACUCUGAUUAUUUAGACCAGCAGCAAGUCCUCCCGACUCUAAACGAACUAAUAGCUACUUAUUACGUUUCAGCCCAAGAACCAACUUUAUCCACAUCGUCUACUCUAGAACAACAAAAAUCUCAAUCUGUUCAGCAGACGUUUACAACUGUAGACCCAACAUCUACAUUCGUACAGCAGGCACCUCCAGCUGUACAGCAAAUAUCUUCAACCAUACAACCAACAUCCUCACCUGCUCAGCAAGCGACGAUAACUGCACAUCAGACACCUCUACCUGUACAGCAAAUUGUACAACCAACAGCGCAACUCGUACAGCAAACAUCUUCAACUGUACAGCCAACAUCGCCAUCUGUGCAUCAAAUAUCUUCAACUGUGGAGUCAACAUUUCUAGUUGAGCGGCGAACAUCUGUAGGUGAACAGCAAAUAUCUUCAACUGUACAGCUAACAUCUCUACCUGUACAACAAACAUCUUCAACUGUACAGCCAACAUCUCUACCUGUACAGCAAACAUUUUCAACUGUACAGCCAACAUCUCAAAUUGAACGGCGAACAUCAGUAGAUGAACAGCAAACAUCUUCAACUGUACAGCUAACAUCUCUACCUGUACAGCAAACAUAUUCAGCUGUACAGCCAACAUAUCUAAUUGAACGGCGAACAUCUGUAGAUGAACAGCAAACAUAUUCGACUGUACAGCUAACAUCUCUACCUGUACAGCAAACAUCUUCAACUGUACAGCCAACAUCUUUACCUGUACAGCAAACAUCUUCAACUAUCCAGCCAACAUCUCUACCUGUACAGCAAACAUCUUCAACUGUGCAGCAAACAUCUUUACCUGUACAGCAAACAUCUUCAACUAUCCAGCCAACAUCUCUACCUGUACAGCAAACAUCUUCAACCGUACAGCAAACAUCGCCAUCUGUGCGUCAAAUAUAUUCAACUGCGCAGCCAACAUCUCUAGCUGAACAGCCAACAUCUCUACCUGUACAGCAAGCAUCUUCAACUAUCCAGUCAUCUUUACCUGUACAGCAAGCAUCUUCAACUAUCCAGUCAACAUCUCUACCUGUACAGCAAGCAUCGUCAACUAUCCAGCCAACAUCUCUACCUGUACAGCAAACAUCUUCAACUAUCCAGCCAACAUCUCUACCUGCACAGCAAACGUCUUCAACUGUGCAGCAAACAUCGACGCCUUUACAACAAACAUCUUCAACUGUACAGCCAACAUCUCUACCUGCACCGCUAACAUCUUCAACUGUACAGCAAACAUCUUCAGCUUUACAGCCAACAUCUCUACCUGUACAGCAAUCAUCUUCAACUGUACAGCAAAAAUUGACGCCUGUACAGCCAACAUCUUCGACUAUACAACAGACACCCCUACUUGUACAGAAAACAUCUUCGACUGUACAGCAAACAUCUUCAGCUGUACAACACACUCCUGAUCUUAUACAGCAAACAUCUUUAACCGCACAGCAGACAAAUCUUCCUGUACAGCCAACAUCUUCAAUUGUACAACAAACAUCGCCAAUAAAACAUGAACGGUUCACAAGUUUGUUAAACAAAACAUCUCCAAGUGUCCCCAUCAAAGACUUCUGUGAGAUUUUGAAACCUGUCUAUUGUUCCGAAGAGAAUCAUCUUUGUUUCAAAGUUGAUAUUGCAGACAUACAAGCGUUUUUAAAACAAGGAAGUAUCAAAGAAAUAAACACAGAUAACCCUAGACAAUACGUUAAUGAUGAAUUAGAAAGUACUACAAAAUUGAGCAUCGAAAGUAUUUCGAAAGAAAAUAUUUCAGUAAAACCUGAUGAAAGGAAACUACUCACACCAAUAUCAAGUCAGCAUUUAAGUCCAGCAAGAAACUUAGUCACAGACAAAGACACGAUCAAAGUCCAAAGUAAAGAAUCAGAAAACUUAGAUCUAUCAAAAGAAGAUCUGUCUAGAAUCAAUAAUUCACCAAACGAAGAUCAGGUUCUAUUUACAUUAGCUCAGUGGGAAGCUCUUCAAUCUAGGUCACGUUUGAGUAUAGAAGAAAAAACACAAGAUCAAGUUUUAAACUUGAAUAAGGUUACCCCUGACAAAGUUGAUCAGGAUGAUACUCGCUUGAAAAAAAGGUCGGAGACCUCAGAUUUAGCUGGAAACAAAGAUGAAAGUCUAUUAGACCUUCAAGAGAAGACAAUCCAGGCACAAAAAACAAAGGGGUCUGCUAUUAAUGCAUCUGACAGACAGCCACUUUCAAACGAUGUCUCCAAUCUGUCCAUUACGGACAUUAAUGCAACAAAAUUCAGGUCAGUGAACUUGACAGCUGACGUUGUGACUGUAACUGCCAAUACUGUCAAUGUCAGUGCAUUAGAGGCCAUUGGGCCGUUUUCGAAUGAGCUGGUGGGCCUCCAAAGAUUCCCAGCGCAGCGAUGUGAACUAGACAAACGAACUACCAGUGAACUGUUCAAGCAUUUCAAUUCACUCGAAGAUUUAAACUCAAGACUUCAAAGCGAAACCACUUAUCUAAAAGAGCAAGGGCAGAAAACUCCUAAAGGUUUUGAAAAGGGAGAGCAACAAUCAAAGAAAAACAUUUCAGAGGCUAAUCCGCAACUGUUUUCACACGCUGGAGAUCUUCAAGUAGAGGAACAUUUUCCAAACGUCCUAAACCAAAAUGAAAAUAAAAGUCCGAGAGGAGACAGGCGAACUAUUCAGAGACGGUUACUAGAAACAGAUAUGUCUGCUCUGAAUACUAUACCGGAGACAUCCAAAGAACAUCUCGUAUCACAAAAAAACAACUCAACAAUAAUGGAAGGACAAGAUAGCAGUAAGCGCGAGAGCGUAGUGAAUGAAGCGUCAAGCAAUGGCAGAAAUUUCUCUGUUAAGGACAUGGGCCCUGAUCUCAACGAAGCAUCGAAUUCCGGAAGAAAGUCAAGGGAUGCAACCCCAGAAACGAACGAGACUUUAUCCAUCAGAAGGUCCAUCACGUAUGACGCUGCAUCUCCCGAGAUCGCCAACAUGGAAAACACUCGAUCGUCUGUCGCAGGUAUGAAACAGUUUUUUGAAAAGAGACUCCCCAUGGUCAGCCCGCAAGCUCAGAUCCCAAGUGACAAGGUUUUAAAACAGGAAACGGAAACGGUAAUGGUGGAGAGAGUCUAUGACGUCAAUAACCAGGAGCAGAGGACGAACUUAAACGCGGACACCUUGUCCGCGCUUAGUAAAAACAACCCAAGUCUUAGAUCAUCGAACGUCGGACAAGAAAAAGUCUCAUUACAAAACAAAGCAAACGAGAAACUCGAUGUUGAAGACGCCGCUGAACGACAGACCAUUGUAGUUGAGCCGAUCGAGCCCAAGCGUGCUUCUGCUCAGCAAGACGCUGCUGAAACAAGACCCUCCCAAAAAGAAACGGACGCUUGCCGCCUUACACUGAUCACAGAAUGUGGUGAAGAGAUGGUCUGUCUCUGUUAUCCCAAGAAAAAGAUCAAUGAUCCAGAGCCUGGUCAGAGUGGACUCAACGGUAAGAAUGUGAGUGGGCUUACUGACAGGCAGCCGAGUGACAGUGGUCCCAAUGAAAAGCAAGCGAAUAAGGUGGCUUUGGAAGAACCAAGACCAUUGUCUCAGAAUAGACCAAUAUGCUGCCAGUGCUGCUGUUUGGCAGCAUCUAAAGAUCUUCGAAGCCAAUACCAUGAUAUGUGCAACAUAAAUAAGAAGACUUAUUGCACGUGCUGUACUUGUUGCCAGGGAGUAUCUGACGCUCCUAGCGAUGAAACCCUCACGGAAGCCUACUCCAAAAAAGAUCCCUCUUCGCAGUCCACCCGGAAGCAAUGCUUCAAAACGAAACUAGAUGCCAACUUUACCUCCUUGCGUAUCCGCAUUAAGCCGAACGGCGAAUUUCACGUCUGCCCCGAGGACUGCACGUGCAAGGAAGUGACGUCAAACGACUGCUUAGACACGUCGUAUGGGGUGUCCUCGGAGAUCAGCAUUGAUGCUUCCUACACUCAGGACGAAACAUCGAGUAGCGAAGAAUAUAGACAGAAAAAGAAAUGUAAAAAAGUCAUGUUCUCAUCAGGGGCCUCACCUGAGGAUAACUCCUCAGAUGAGCAGGUCAGUGACGGGGAAUCAAGAGUUUAACAAGGCAGCGAAAUAUAAUGGCUGAAUGAUUCCAUAUUGAUUCCAUAUUGCUUCUAAAAUAUCAACAGCAAAAUAACAAGGUGGUGAUAGAAAAACUUUUUAAAAAUCUGGCUCUUUUUAUAUUGAAUAGUGAAUAGGCUAGACAACCAACUAGAAUAGUAAGAUAAAAACCAUUUACUGUUGAAAUAGCUCAUACCUAAAGCUUGAUAAACAUGGUUAAU